AUCGUAAUAGAAUACAACGGCAGUAAUUUCUCCGGUUGGCAAAAACAAAAACACUCUGUAAAUUCAAUACAAGAAGUAGUGGAAAAUGCUAUAUUUAAUUUUACUGGUGAGAGGGUUGCUUUAUAUUGUGGUGGUAGAACUGACGCAGGAGUGCACGCUCUAGGACAGGUUGCUCAUUUUGACAUGCAAGCAGAAUUUGAACUUUAUAGAGUAAGAAACGCAAUAAACUACCAUUUGAAAUCAACAGCUGUAUCUAUACUGGAUGUAGAAAUUGUUGAUGAUAUAUUUCAUGCGCGAUUUUCAGCAAAAAAGAGGUAUUAUGAAUAUAAAAUAAUUAAUCGCUACGCUCCUGCAGUUUUGGAAGCUGGGUAUGUGUGGCAAGUGUUUAAACCACUUGAUGUAAAUAUCAUGCGUGAGGCUGCCAAAUAUUUACUUGGAAAACAUGACCUUUCAAGCUUUCGUUCGAAGGAUUGCCAGGCGAAAGAUCCAGUAAAAACAAUUGAUACUAUAGACAUCAUACAAAAUAGAAAUCACAUAUAUAUUAAGAUAUCUGCUCUUUCUUUUUUACAUAAUCAAGUAAGAAUAAUAGUAGGCACUUUGGUCGAAUUUGGAACACAUAACACUGACCCAAGUGAAAUGUUGAAAAUAUUAAAUCACUGUAAAAGAAAUGCUGCUGGAAUUACAGCACCACCUUUUGGUUUAUAUUUAGUAAAAAUAGAUUAUUAG